CGGAAAGCCGCAGGGUCGUAAAGCGCCGUCGUGAAGGGGAUCUGCGUGACGCGUGGUACUUUACGGCAGACAGUGGGGUCAGGGGUUACGUCGAACAGCGGCCUCAAGGACGCGAGCUCCGGAAGCCACGAUGCCGUUCGUCGACGUGAAGGCGUGGCUGGGCGUGGAGUUUGACCAACUCUUCACGGUGCGCUCCAAGGACAACAUGGCACGACGUGCCGGCCGCUGCCAUCUCUACGAGCAGGAGGUGAUCGACUGCUCGCACGGCCUAGGCACGGUGCGCGCCAACAGAGAGUGCCAGCCCGAGAUCGAGGACUACAAGGAGUGCCUGUACAAGGCCAAGAUGAUCAACCGGAUGAAAGCGAUCCUCCAGCAGAGGGAAAAGCUGAUCCAGGAGGGGAAGUACACCCCCCGGAAAUUCUCCGAGGUUGUGGGAAGUCCGUGAAAGAGCGCGACAUCAGAGGAGACAUCGGUCAGGGAAACAUCCACUCAAAUCGUGUUCGGUGCUUACAGCAACUCUCGAAUAUCCCUAGGUGCAUUAUCUGGCUUGUGGAUUAACCGCGCUUGAGGAAAAAAAGAAAUUGUUUCACGUGUUCGCUGGCUUCAUAGCCGAUCCUCACUUGUCAAGGGUCAGCGAAAUUAAGAUUCCCACCCCCCGAGUAAACCAAUUCCUUUAUAGAGCAAUGCAAAGAGGGCACUCUCAACGUCGUCACCCCACCUGCGGAAACUACAUUUGCGAAUUUAAUAUGCAUGUCUUGCAUUUUCCUUGUUUUGUUCAUCUUGGAUCCACUCCGCAACGCUGGAUAAUGGAAUGGUGGUAACUGUCAUUUUGUCCUUGGUGAAUGUAUUGGGUGGAAUUCUGUGAAUUAAACAACUUUCCCUAUUUUCCCAGA